CCAUCUUAUGUAAUCAAUCCUCGCAGCCACUCCCCAAACACACUGCGCCAGUUCGCCGUAGCAGGUCUUUCGCCCGAGGAAGACGUGCCGUCGAAAAUUUAUCGUCAUUUUCCUCAUCAACCACUCCCUGACAACUAUACAACCGCUCGUGAUAGACGUGGCCGGAGCAGGAGGGACAGGAUGAAGUCGGCUACGAGUGGCUCGGAGGCCGAUGUCGACACAGAUGUCGAUGACGGCAGAUGGUCUCGUGCUGAGCAACAGUUGGUGAAGAGUUACUCGCACCGGAUGAAACACUUGAAUACCAUGACGGCUAUCAUGCAUCGCUGUCUGUACGACGGUGACAUUGAGCGAGCAAAAAGGGCUUUUGGGAUGCUGGUGCGGACAAAGGAGGUCGACAUACGGCUCAACAACAUGUGGGCCGUUGGUUCUGAAAUCCUGAUGCGGGACGGGGAAGAGAAGAGGCACCAGAGCAAGGGAAAGGACGUUCUUCACGACGAUCAUGACGAGCAAGCCACUGAGGGCGCCAGCAGCAAACCACCACCCAGAUGGGGAUCAGCCGAGAAUGUCGAGACAGUCAAACGCUAUCUCGAGAUCCUAAUCCAACAACAUCCCCACGACCCGCACCGGCCCCGUCUAACGAGCGCCGUCGACUUUUGGCCAGCACUUUUCAGCAUAGAGAUUUACAGCAUCGACGCCGAGUUUAAACGGGCAUUGCACCGCCUAGACGAACAACUCGACUCGACCCAGGACGCCGAGUCGGAUACCCCUCUAUCUUAUGCCGGCUCGGACGACUUCGAAAUGCAGUCGCUCCGUAGGGAUGAACGGCGCAAGUCGACAAAGUGGGCGUCCAAGGAUGAGAUCCGACAAGACACCAGAGAGGCAGCGCAGCAGAUCGCCACAAGGAUGGACCAGAUCAUGGAGAACGCGCCAUACGACCGGCAUCUGGAGAUCCUGCGACUUCGGGGCAUGGUAUCGCUCUUCAUCGGGGACUUGCAUUUGCCCACUCGAAUUGUGGAGAAGCAGGGCAUUGAGGAUAAGUUGCAGGGGCUAGAGUAUGAAUUGGAUAAGGCCCGAGACUUUUUCAGGAGAAUUCUGGAGAGAAAGGGGAGACUUGAGCCUUGGCUAAUGAAGUUCUUA